AUGGAUGUAGUAAUAAAUGUCCAUCAAAGAUCACUAGAAACAGCAGCAGGACUAGAGCUUUGUGCAGCAGCAGCAGUAGCAAGUGGUAGUGUACCUCAAGGUCAGCCAAGUAGUACAGGAUCAGUAGGAUCAGCACCAAGUCCAGCAUCGCCUCGACCUACACCUCAAUCAAGACAGCAGUCAUUAGGCGCCUCCCAUCCUUCUCGAACUCUAGACGACGAUCGAUCUGCGGAUGGUAACUAUAGUAAUGUUGUGAUAUACAAGACUAAUACUUGGAAUAUUAUAUUAAAAUAUUCAGGAGCCGGAACGACAGCUGAUGACUCAGAUGACGGAGAAAGCAGAGCGCAGUAUGUAAACGCAAAUUGCGUGGUGUUUACCCAUUACCGUGGAGACGCGGCUUCUGAAGUUGAAGAACACUUUCAGCGUGCUCUGGCCCACGACAAAGUAAAAGAAAAUAUUCCAAUGUCGACGAGGAAUUUCCCGCCAUCCUUCUGGAAUAGUCAGCAUCCCGGUGACGUCUAUGAAUACCCAACGGAUCCUUGGCACCCUCAUUAUCCUCAGUAUCAUCACAGGGCCGUCCACGAGUAUCACCAUCACAAUAUGGCGGCAGCAGCGAGCUACGGCGGGUUGUUACUCGGGGGUGCAAGAAGUUUAGGGCACCACACGUCGCACCAUCACACAGCGGCCCAUCAUGCCCACGCAGCAGCAGCAGCUUCAUAUAAAGACUGGACGUCUGCGACGCCUUCGCAAUCCCUCGUAGACGCAUCCUCAGCACCCCCCUAUCACGGCCCUUAUGCACCCCUGUCUGUUAUACAUAUAGUAAUGAUAACUAUAUAA